ACGCGUCGCCGCUCUUGCAUGCGCGCGCCGUCCACGGUCCACCGCCGGCCGCGCGCCCGGCCGCGCCUAUAUCUGCGAGCCAACAAGCAGGCAGGGUCAUCCAGCAUACGAUCUGACGCUCAUCCCACAUCAGUAGUCGACCAAGCACAAGCAGCAGAGCCGGCCGGAAUAUGUGGACGAUCAGGAAGGUGGCGACGCCGCAGGUGGCCGUCCUCCUGCUGCUCCUCAUCGUCGUUGCGCAGGAGGCGGCGCCGUUGGCGGAGGCGCGCGUGUGCCGGCGCCGGAGCGCGGGCUUCAAGGGGGUCUGCAUGUCCGACCACAACUGCGCGCAGGUGUGCUUGCAGGAGGGCUACGGCGGCGGCAACUGCGACGGCAUCAUGCGCCAGUGCAAGUGCAUCAGGGAGUGCUAGCUAGCUAGGCUCUAGGAUCUAGCAAGCUAGCUAUAUCGGCCUUUAAUUAAAUUAAUAAGGAUCGACGUCGUGGCCGGUCGCUAAAUAUGUACUACUAUACGUCUACACUACAUGCAAUAAUGCACCACAUGUACGCGUACGCGCGCCGAGCUGUGUGGACGCCGCAGCUAGCAUGCACGGCCAUCGUUCCUAUACGUCGUCGUCUGUCGUUCGAGUACUCAUGAGCUGUGUCGUCGACGUCCACCCAUGCAUCCGGCCGCCACGCUUUGAUGAUGGUCAUGACA